AUGGAGCCUGAGCGUACCUCACCAAGCAGCGCCUCUAACACCAACGAGGUGAUCUUACCCCAGACGCCAGCCAUGUCCGGAGCUUUGCCCAUUGUUGCUACCGAUCCGGCUUCGGAUCUUCCCUCGAUGCCUAGACCUAGGGUCCGGGAGCGUCAAAAAAGCCAAAACAGCCUUCUCAUGGAGCUUCUUUCCCGCCGCAUGAGCCGACAGACCCUCUUACAGCAAAACCAAUCCCGUACCCAACAGCCACCCCUCGUUCCACAAUCACAGCCGCUUCUGGUUGAUAAUGCCAUGGAUGUUGACCAUGAUGAAACCCUGGGCGACGACUCUUCACUGCCCGCACUGCCCUGUACUCAGAAAAUCCGUCCAUCAAGACGAUACUCAGCUCUGCCUUAUAUUGCCCCCGUUGCACCCGAGACGAAAAUUGACCCGGACGUUGCCGCUAGGGUCCUUGCCAGGAUGCAGGCCAACACCCAAGCCGAUUCCAUUUCCCCUCCUUCGUCCACAGGUUCAUCUUCGGUCCAGGCCAUUGAGAUCGACCCUACUGAGCUGGCAGAAGACGACAUAGAGGCCGAUGAGGGCUACGAUGAAGGACCUGAGGAAUUUCCCUGGUUGGGCGAGAAGCCAUCGAGUGGGCUUACUGGAGCCCUGAGAAACCAAGGCGUUCUCAGCUUCACAACGUCUGCUGAGGCGGCCAUGCGCUGUCCAAAGCUUGUACGAAAUGUCCCUCGCAUGCGGAAGCGGACGCACAAGAAGAAGGAGCACAGACUGCGGACGUCGAGGGACACGACCCGUGAGCUGAGUCAAUCACGGGCGCCCGCAGCGGAUGCAUCUUGA